AUGAGUUCUAGUCACAAUACCAGCAAGGGAGGGGACGAGAUGUUUCUCAACUCCCCUUCCAACCACGAACCUCCGGUCAUCUCACCUCUACGGGUUGCAAAAAGAGGCACUCCCUCACCUGCGCCGAGUACCUCCUCAAACCCUCAGCAAGAUCGUCCAGGCACUUCUCAAGCGUCAGUGUCUCCGCUUCCGUAUCCCGACGACCGAAGGAUGCAAGAUCAAUCAUGGCAUCACGGCAAUAAUGGGUCGCAACCUAAUGAUCCAAGGGAGCAUGGUCGGCCGUCUUUCUCGCCAAUAUCGCUUUCCUCGCCAGCGUCUAGCGGUGGUGAGAUUCCUGCUGCGUUGAAACCUCAAGACCGUCGAGAUCCAAAACAGGUCCAAUCUAGUCUUGCGGAGAGAAGAGGGGCUGCUGCUCCAAAACAGCUUGAAUCUCCCACCGCUGAGAGCCCAGAUAAAGAGGGAUUAUUUCAGUGUCUGCCACAGAGGGAUAACGCUCAGCAACCUAGCGCUUCCACUCAGAAUAAAAACCCGGCUGUUGUCGUGAACCCGUACCCAGAUUAUCACCAACAAUACUGGCCACCUCCUUCGCAGUCAGCCUCAUCUUCAAGCGGGAAUCUGCAGCCACCUAGCAGUUCAAUAAAUCGCAUAGAUUCAACCGCUUCUACCUCUACAACGAAAGCUCAACGCGGCUCUCCCCCUCCGCCAGAAACACCCAUAGUUGGACCAGGCCAACAGCCAAGUUCUGAUAUCGAAGCGCGGUAUGCGGCCUCGGGGAUUGCUGGCACCGCCACACUAAGUAACAUUCACGCCCACAACCACGCCGCACAACAGAGAGCGCAACAGUAUAGCGGUAUUCCUGGGAGAAACAACCAGCCAGGCCUGCAGCAAGCCACGGUUCCUCCUCCCCGGCCAUGGACACCGACGGAGCAGCCAGGCAGUGAACCACAUGGCCCUCCCAGGAUUUAUCAAGGCGAUUCAGAUGUCACCCCUAUACCAGUGACCGAAGGACCCUCUGGCCAGCUCCCGAAGCCACCGCAACCCAAUAAUAAUAUUAAUAAUAAUAAUAAUCAGAGCCAACUCGAUGAUGAUUUCCAACGACUGAACAUGACCGCCUCGCCACCGCCAGCAUAUUCAAGCGUGAUGGGCGGACAAAACAUGGUAUACCCCAAUGAAAAACACGGUGGUGGCCCUACCACCCAAUAUCCCCCAAUUGCAGGGUCAGUAGCAGCUAGCGGGCCUCCUUCCGUGACCGGCUCCCAGCCCUCAAUACAGAGCCAUCCUGCAUUUGCAAAUGACUCUCGUCAAACGCAAUCAGGGACUCCGGGCCAACAGAGCUUCCAGAGCGGACCAUCCGCUUUCCCUUUGUCGUCAAAACAAAGUGAACCAUCCUCAGCGCAUCCAGGACCUGGACCGGCGUCUCCACCGCCUCUCCCAGAAGGCUGGAUAGCUCACUUGGACCCUAACUCAGGUCAAUACUACUAUAUUCACCUCCCCACGCAGUCAACGCAGUGGGAGUUCCCCAAGGGUCCAACGCCACUUAACCUCAAUGAAACACCGUUAUCUCCCGGCCAUAGCACAUUUGGCGGACACGGACUUACAUCUCCCGGACUGUCCUUUGGAAAACCUUUAGCUUCUCCAGCUUUAUCCGCGUUCGGUCAACCACUAGCUUCUCCCGGCUUAUCAGCAUUUGGUCAACCUAUGCCUUCUCCAGGUUUGCCAAUGACCCCUGGAUACGAAGGUAGUGUUAUGGGUAUGAAUAGUGGCUUCGUGGGACCACCCCCGUCAAGUGGCGUGGAAAUGUACAAAGUAGCACCUACAAACGGGGUCUAUUUCGGGCCAUACUUGCGGUAUACCAACAUGGACAUGGAACGAGGCCUCUGGCUAGGCUCUAUCCUACUGGUGACUGAUGCAGCCCAGCCACCAACUAUCCAUAUGCAUAAGAGUACUGACCUCUCGCCGAAUCCAAGACAACUCCAACCAGCCCGCAUCGCCAGUCACCAGCGAUGGGUAUUUUACAAAUAUAGCAUCGAUAUACAAAUGGACGAUGCAAGCUCUAACAAGUGGACUUAUGCCAUUACCUCACACCUUGGUUGCACACGGUACGAAUUCCUAGUGGCCGGAAGACACGAGACCGCAUGGCGAGUGAUUGCGACUUCUGGCAAUGAUUUUGCUCUUAAUGUCAAUGCAAACGAGCGCUCUCGCCUAGGCGGGGUAGGCUAUAUGUGGAAAGAUAUCAUGCAAAAACACGUUGAAUGCGGCGGAUUUCAUGCACAAUUAUGUAUUGGCGGGCAGAUCAACGCUGAUCGCCUGUGGAAGGAAGUCCCAUCUCUUAAACAGUGGCUAGCCAUCAGUGGUAAGGAGGCGAGGAAAACAGCUCCAUGGACCGCCGCAUUGGAGGAAGAUGUCACGCAUGCAUACUUCCAUUAUUAUACGAGCCACUUUGAUCAGCCCCAUUUACGAGAAGCAUUUGCCCAACUACCUCAUAUCUCGCAAGUGGAUGAUCACGAUAUUUUCGAUGGCUUCGGUUCGUACCCGGACCAUAUGCAAUUUUCCAACAUGUUCAAAAAUAUUGGCCGCCUUGGAAUCGAAAUGUAUCUCUUGUUCCAGCAUCACACAACCUUAGAGAUUCUACGACACGUUGUUGAUGACUCCGAUCUGUUUACUAUAACUGGAACCGGCUGGCAUUUCAUCAAAUACCUUGGCCCGGCUAUUGCAGUUGUCGGCCCUGAUUGCCGCUCGGAGAGAAACCCUCAUCAGGUUCUGGCCGGCCCAACAUACCAAGGCAUCUUCCCCAAAGUUGCUACACUCCCUCCAAGUGUACAACAUUGUAUUUGGAUGGUUGCUGUGCCUCUUAUUUACCCUCGCCUGGAAACAGCGGAGCAUCUUGCCCAGACUGUUGCUACUGGUAAAAAGGCUGUGACUGGCGCUUAUAACAUGCUAGGAAGGGUUACGAGCUCAGUAGCUGGUGUUGUCGGUGCCAAGGGCGCGGUGGGAUCAGGCUUUGAAUCUGUGAAGCGAGCAGUGGGAAAGUCAGGCCUGAUGGGUGGUGUGCUUAGUCCGUUUGGUGAUAUUGAUAUCUUUGAUGAGCUUAAGGAUCAAUGGACCCAUGAGUCAAAGGACCUUGAACGAACAUAUCUCAUCCGCACCCUCCAGGGAAUUGCACAUCAACGAAGCAUCCGAAUGACUUUCCUCUCCGGUGCCGUAAACUGCUGCGGAGCCGGACUCGUUCAUGACCCUUCCCAUCCAACUGACCAUAAAACAAUGUACCAGAUAAUUUCAUCUGCAGUAGUUAACGCCCCUCCUCCCUCAUAUAUCCUCAAAUUACUCCACGGCAACAACAAACCUUUAUACAUACCCAUCAACGGACAGCGAUCAGUUACCUCCCAGAUUUCAGAUACAAAGGAGGAUAUGAUGGAGCUCUUCCAGACCGAUGUUGCCGGCCAACCAAGAGAGCAUCGCAAAUUGAUGGGCCGCAGAAAUUAUGUUGCAAUUGUCGGCUAUGAUCCAGAUGCUGUUCAAGCUGCAUAUAGCAGCAUGCAAUCGCCUAUGCAUCCACCUGGGAGCUCCGCCAGUAGCUCGUUCCCAAAACUAAGCCUUGCCGUGGACUUCUUGGUGCAAGGUGACGGAUCAUUUGGGAAUGUAGUCAAAUUCGGACCUGUUAUAGUGCCUAGUUUGGAUCUAGGCAGAUGA